CCGAGAUAAUAAUUUAGUAUAAAACUAUCGAUUUUUAACUAUAACAAUUAGUUUGUUAACGAAAAUUUAAUUAAAGCGCAACUAUGAAAUUCUUCCUCAUUACCGCUGCUCUCGUGGCCGUAGCCGUAGCUGGGCCCAUACAGCCAGGGAAUAUGGGACCGACUCCAAUUGAAGACUUGGACCUUGACAGCCCCGCCUAUGUCGGACCAGCAAUCGUUGAACAAAAAGAGAUCCCUGCACCGGUUAUCCAAAUCAUUUUAAAUGUGAACUCCCAAGGCCAAGUCGAAGUUAAUCCUGAAAUUGUCCAGGUACCUGAAGAAGUAGAACAAUCUCCAAUUCCAGCUCCUGGCCCCGCGUUCCCAUCACCUCAACCAGCACCAAUCGAAAUUCCUGAGGGCCUAUUCCCGGUGCCUCAACCUUCACCAGUCAUUCAAGAAGCAGAUAGCCUUAACUAAGUAAUUAAAUAUUUUUUUACCUUUCAAAAUUUAUUUUAGACAAUAUGAAGGGUUUACAAUAUCAUUAUUUAAUAUUAUCCUAAAUCAAAUAAAGUCAGUGAGUUUUAUAAUUGAAAACAGCAAAAUAUGCCAAUAAACGUUCAAUAGCAAGAUUCAA